UAUAAAUAUGGCGAGUUGCGAAGUCUUAAAGUUAUUAGUUAAAUUGAUAUAAUUAUAUCAAUUCUUAGCGGUUUUACUUCUGUAAUAUUGUCUAUUAUGGCUACAGAGUUUGAAGAAGGGACUAUUAUACCAAACUUGGCUCUAAGCGUCGUCCUUGGCCCUGUGAUUGAAGAGAUAAUUYUAGAAUAUCCUGAUGGAGAAGCCAUACAAAGGAUUAAGACAGCCUUUCAAAAGGCUGAAAUGGAAAAUCCUGGAAUAACACAAGAGAUAGUUGGUGGGAUUUUAAAGAAAGAAUCUCUCAAAGUUAAUAUGAACAAAGCCCUACUCAGCUGUGCAUCAUAYGAAUCAGAUGAAUAUGCUACAACAAGACAAGAAAAGGAAUUUGUUACACUUACUACUAAAGCAAGAGCUUUAAAAAGAAUAUUGUCCAAGAUUCCAUCYGAAAUUGGUGACAGAUCAAAGUUUCUUCAGACUAUUAAGGAUAUUGCUAGUGCAAUCAAAGACCUUCUGGAUGCCGUUAAUGAAGUCUUAAAGAACUGUCAAAGUGUUGGCAAAAUGCCUCAGUAUAAACGGGUGUUAGAACACAACAAGAAAGAGUUUGUCAAAUAUUCCAAAAGCUUCAGUGACACCCUCAAGCAGUACUUCAAAGAUGGCAAGGCUGAUGCAGUAUAUGUCAGUGCUAAUCGUCUCAUCAACCAAACAAACAACAUACUUUACACUUUCAAACUUGCUGGUGGUCCAUAGAACUUCUGUGUUCUGAUUAUUGCAUACAGUAUCAUCUAAUAUAUUAAUACUACACGACUGAUAAUAUCCUAUACAUUACCUCCCAGAGUGCAUUGCUUGUUUUCUUGUGUUAUGUGCCAUCCCGAGGGAAUUAUUACCCAGCUAGCAUAACAAUGAAAACAUGUGCCAUUCUGAUAGUCUGAUGAAAUGAUGUCAUCAUGCUAUCUGCUUCAAUUUAAUUACUAUUGAGUUUAUCUUUUGUUGAUUAGACCACGAAGCACUUUAUGCUUGUAAUAAAAGGAUUGUUGUAGUGCAUGCAUACAAGCACAAUGACUUGAACAAAUUGAUAACAAUAUAAAUAGACAAAGCUAUGACUCUUUUAUGACUUCAGCAAACUGAUAACUGUAUAAAUAGACAAAUCUCUUUUUCCAUUGAAAGAUGUGAGCACCAUGUUACCAAUAAAUAAUGUCUUUCUUAUUUUAAUGUUUUCAGUUAGCACUACUAUUAAUUAAUAGUGCAGAGUAUUGCACACUUUUAGUAAUAUAAUUUAGAAAUAGAAAAAUACAUCAUGUCUAUGUUUAUCCCAUUAAAACCAUUUGCAAUAAAAACUMGAGUUCUUAUGGA